CAGCAGCAUCAGUCCUCCCCUUCAGUCACAGAAAGGAGCGCAUCUCGGGGCUCGCGCGGAGCGGAAGUGGGUCGUGGGGCAGGGCUCGCGCUCCACUGCAUAUAAACGCACGCGGACUUCCUCAAACUCACUUUGCAUCGGAGCAGAGACGCACUCAGAUCUAAGCAGCAUCAUGAGCUGGGACAGCUACAUCACGAGCCUGACCAAGAGCGAGUGGGUGGAUGAUGCGGUCAUCCUCGGGUGCACACCGGGUCAGGAGUCGGUUUGGGCGUCAGCACCGGGCGGCUGGCUCAGCCAAGUCACGGCGGCUGAGGUGAAGGCUCUCGUCGCCAGUGACCGCAGCACUCUGUUUGCCAAUGGAGUGACUCUGGCCGGGAAAAAGUGCACGGUGCUGAGAGAUGCUCUGAAUGUGGAAGGCCAGAACACCAUGGACAUCAAGAUGAAGACCUCAGAGAAAGAGCCCGACCCCUUCUCCUUCACCAUCGGCAAAACUCACAAAGCGAUAAUCAUUGCUAAAGGUGUAAAAGAUGCUCAUGGAGGCAAAGUCAAUCCACCCGUCUUUGACAUGACCGGAUACCUCAGGAAAUUGAACAUGUGAACAAGCCCCGCCCCCUGCCCUGCUGACUCCGCCCACUCCUCCCCCACGCUCUGCCACUUCACCUGUCAGCCGUCUGCAGGAUCUGACCUGAUCUCCAUUCAUAAAGCCAGAAGAACUGCUCAAGAUCCACCAGACGUGUGCUCUCAUCUUCAUCCUCCUCAUCACGUUUUAAACAUUCCAGGAGUCUGAGAUCUCCCUUUCUUCUCCAGUCAGGCAGUGGAACACAAACUCUAGUUAAUAUCAAGCUCAUUUAUUGGUUUUAUCAUUAAUUGAUUGAUUUACGGUUCUAUAGCAUCUUCUGUGUUUUUUACGGGCGGAGUGUCCAGUCUAACGGUUUUAGCAUUUGUUUGUAUGAUUGUCUGUGUGAAAUCCUGCUGAACAAAACCUAGAAAUCUGACUGUUCGAUGCCAAAUAAAGAGAGAAUGAGUUUGUACAGAGCA